GGAUUCAUUGUGCAACUAGACCAUGGAGAAUGGAUCAGUGGUGACAUCAUUCAUAUUGAAGGCAUACACUCAACUGGAAGAUCAUAGAUAUGUAUACUUCACAGGUUUCCUGAUAUUGUUUAUCGUUUUGCUAUUAACCAAUGCAAUUCUUAUUACAGUAAUUUACAUUGAGCGAGGUCUCCAUGAACCCAUGUAUUUUUUUGUGUGUAAUUUAGCAGUGAAUGGAAUUUAUGGCAGCUUAUCUUUAUUCCCAUCGGCACUUGUUAAUUUAAUGUCUCAUACUUAUGAAAUAUCUCUGACUGCUUGUCUUUUACAGAUUUUUUGCAUACAAACAUAUGGUUCAGUUGAAUUUAGUAUUUUAGCCGUGAUGGGCUAUGAUCGGUAUGUCGCCAUUUGUCAUCCAUUACGCUAUCACCAAUUAAUGUCUCAUAGAAAAGUGGGCACACUUAUUGCAUUGUCCUGGAUUUAUCCUUGCGUUGUUUUUGCAGUGUAUUUUACAUUAGCUGCACGACUUACAUUUUGUGACAGGAUCAUAGAAAAGGUCUAUUGUAUUAACUUUGAAUUAAUCAAGCGGUCUUGUUUUGAAACUUCUAUUCAAAACAUAGUAGGCCUUGUUGUUGCUUUUUUAGUUAUUGUUCCACAGCUGCUCAUGAUACUAUUUUCAUAUGCACAAAUACUCAGGAUCUGCCUGUCUGCUUCUAAGGAAUCUAAGGCCAAAGCCAUUCAAACAUGCACCCCACACUUACUGGCCGUGAUUAACUAUGCUGUGGGAGUCUUAUUUGAAAUAAUUUCAAGUCGUUUCAACAUGAGUCAUGUGCCUCAUAAAGCUCGAAUAUUCAUGUCCCUGCACUUUGUGAUAUUUCCCCCAUUAUGUAAUCCUGUAGUUUAUGGAAUUACUAUUCAAGCCAUCAGGGUCCAGAUAUUCAAACUGUUCGCUACUUGCAAAAAUAAGUUAACACCACAGCAGCUAGUGACAAAGUAGUCUCAGACCUGUUUAAUUCUUUAACACAUUUUUAAAGACAAUAACCUAAAUGAGCUCAAAUGUAAUUUGACUGGGAGGAAUUAUACUUGAAAAGUACAAUGAAAAGUCUGCACAAUGGUUCUCUUUCAGCAUAACAAGAAUGCUGCUAUUUCCGCUUGGAGAAUUCAAGCCCUUUUCCUAUUAUCAUUUUAGCAUUUACCAGACACUCAUUCAGAGUGACGUACACCAGUUACGUAAAAAGUGAUACAACGUGUUCCCUAGCCGUUAUACUAUACUGCCCUCCAAAUUAAGUUCUUGUUCACUCUUGUUCACAGUUGUGAAAAAUAAUCUCCCAUUGAAAUGAAUAGAGGUGAUUUGGGAAGUCGUUUCUCAUUUGAGGAUGUGUGGCUUUACCCUUUUGGUUCCUGGCCACUUGCUGUCAUAUAUUGGUCACCAAAUACCUAUGCAUAAAAAUAUUUUAUACAGCUGGAUAUUUACUGAGGCAAUUCCAAUCAGUUCCCUUGCUCAAGGUCACGAUAACAGUGGCCCACCUGGGAAUCAAACUCUCAACUUCGGUUUGAUAAACCCAUCAUCCCUACCCUACACUCCCACCUAAAGUUCAGUUCACUCACAUAGUUCAUGGCACCUUGUUGUCAUAUACAGUAUUUAUGACGACUGUACCUUGCUCUUUGUUUUUAACCUUUUACAAUUACAUUUGAUGUCUGUUACACAAUGUUAAAUAAACUUUUCCUUGAUUUUGUAUUUUUGCUCACUAAUUUGUCUGACCUUUUCAUCACAAUACUUCAAAAUGAUCAGACAGUAUUAAGCAGAAUACUGGGUAAAAACAUAGCCGGAACAGUCCGUAUUCUUGUGGUUUCAUUGGAAUUAGAUGUGCCUCAAUACCCCAUUAGCCUGUUAUUGCAGUAAGAAACAAAAAAACCUGGGCUUCGUUUCCCAUUACCAAAUGAUCUUAGCGGUAAAGACUGUUUUCAAACUACGAUCUUGAAGACAUUUGUUUUCCCACGUGUGGCGUGUAACAGGCAAACUAACGUACCAGAGAGCAAGCACGAUAUUUAAGUGUAUCUUUAGCACAACAGGUGACUUGAAAGGCGCUGAAAAGUUUGAUUAAUCAAUUUGAUAAUAACUGAUUGGAAAUGCAGUUACAAUAGCUCAGUAGCUAAAAGGAACUUCAUAAAAUACAAUAUUAGCAUUGAUACACUUAGAAUUACAUAGACUACCCAUUUGUGUUAUAUACGUUUUUUUUUUUUUUUUUAAACGUGGAUAGCAAGAAAUCUGUAAAGGGCAGACUUCCAUUAUAUCUUCCUUGUUUUCACGUAGUUUAAUACUGAACGACCAUCAAUUAUGUAGUUUAAUGUGAAUGUGUUAGUAAUCCCGAGACAGACUAGCAUUAGACAAAUUUUGUUUUAAACAUUUUCUGAAUAAGAAUGUCUUCGGUUUCGGCAAAACAUGAUUCGGCAGUCAUGCAUUUGCAAACAUUUGCGCCUCAGCUGUUAUCAUUGUCUACAAAUGAACAUCUGUAUUUAAUAAUUAAACCGUGGUCUUCCCAAAAAAAAACAAAAAAAAAACAAAAACAAACCAAA